GUUCAUACCCUCCCCUUCCAUUACUCAUCAAUGGUUCCAAGUUAAUAGACGCGUAUUUGUUUUCUUGUGCUAUUAUUGAGUUUACGAUGGGUUUCUAGUUAAGAACAUUUGCACACCCGCGUGUGCCUUCACGCCCGUACUCAAAAUGCUAGCCAAAAUGGCGCCCUCACCGGAUAUCACCAUCCCUCGACCACUAUCAUCAUCACCUUUGGACACUGAUCUCUACCGGCUUGUACUUUUAUCUGUGAACAUCAACAACACCAACAAUGAGUGCAAGCCUAUGGGACCAGUCGUUGGCUUCGGCCAGUGGCCUGCUAACUAAUGAAGAAUGUGCCAAGCUGCUCGAUUGCGAUAUCUUCAACGAUGACGAUCUGCUCAAGUCUCUCCAGGCUGCGCCGAAGCUGGAGGCGAGCCACUUCGCGCUGCAGGAUGACCACUCCAACACCUUGUACCCGCCAUCGCCGCCCGAGACCAAGCCCAGCCCCGCUGAGCUGGCCAACGACAUCCUGCAGCAGCUGGACAACCAAUGCAAACAAGAGAACAUUUUCUCCAACUGGCUGGAGGAGAAAGUAGACCUGCCUAUGUUCGAGAACAUCUCUCAAGUUCCGGAGCGCGUAGACAUCCCGCCGCAAACACUCGGCGUUCCAGCCCCGGCGUACGUCGCGCCCCAGCCCACUGAGGAGCUCCUGCGAGAGUUCGAAACGGUGUAUGACGCCGUCGAGCUUACCCACCUGACGCCGCCGCAGAGCCCGCCAGGCCCCGCCACCCAGCUGCUCCUCAGCUACGCGCAGCAAGCGCAGUGCCCCCCGCUCGCCCCAGCUCUCUCUAUCCCCCAACAGCCACACCAUGCCUGGCCCGUCGCCGCACCGGUCGUUCCCCUCGCUGAGUACGACUGCGAUCUUCAAGUGGUCGAAGAAUUAGUCCGACACCGCGCGGCCCAGCUUCCGUCUCCGGUACCUUUCGUCGACAGCUUGAGCGCUUCGCCCCGAUCAUCUCCACCCUCUUCACCUCGCUCUUCUUCCACCGACGAGGACUGGCCGGCGCCUUCUUCGCGUUCUAAACCUUACUCGCGUCCUUCUGACGACCGUCGCUCACGCAAAAAAGAGCAGAACAAAAACGCUGCUACUCGCUACCGUCAGAAAAAGAAGGCCGAGAUUGAGGUUCUCCUGAACGAGGAGAACACUCUGCGCCAGCGCCAUACAGAGCUCGGCGAGAAGUGCUCUGAUUUGCAGCGUGAGAUCCGUUACAUCAAGGGCCUCAUGCGCGAUGUCUUCAAAGCCAAGGGGCUCAUCAAAUAGAUGCGUGUUCUCCGCCACCUCCAGGGAAAGAUUUUUGUUUUCACCGCGCACUCCAAGGAGCGCGAUUUAAAUCGACCGUAUAAGAAGUUAAAGGAGUAAAUUUACGAUGAUUUUUAUAUUUUCGUUUUAAGUAAGUACAUUAAGUUGUUAGUAUUUUUAGUAAUGAGCAGAUUUAAUCAUAUAUCGAGCAGCAUUUGGUACUCUCCAUUAGUUGUCGAGGGACCACAUGUAACACCUUCAGAGCAAUCACAGGUGGCGCUACAUCAUCUUUUAAUCAUUUCAUUUAGAGGAUAGGUCGCAUUUGUUGUAAUGAAAAUAUCAAUAUUUUAUUUUGUUCUUUUUGAAAAGCAUUUAUUGUAUUAUAAAUACUAUUUAACCCAGGGGUUAUAAUAAUGAUAAAUUUGUUUUACAUUGUAAUUAUUGGCAUGUUAUGUUUUCUUACAAAUAAAUGAAAUGCGACGGCGGAA